CUUUUCACAACACUAAACGAAUUGCAUAAAAUUCCAGUUCUUUCAUCAGUUAUCUUAAAAACAAUUUUCAAGCAUGCUCGGCAAAACCGCUUUAAUUGGAGCACUGGUGCGGCGUUCCUUUGGGACUAGUAAGGUUCUUAGGGAGACGAUUAAAAACCACGAGCCCAACAAUUUGGAGCGCCGCAUGUUGGUGUGGACCGGUAAAUACAAGUCGCCGGCAGAAGUUCCAAAUUUUGUGAGUCAGGAUGUCAUGGAGCGUUGUCGAAACAAGAUGCGCAUCCGUUUGGCCAACGUAAUGAUGUUAUUUACUAUCGUCGGUUGUGCCAUAAUGGUUUAUAGUGGCAAACAGGCCGCCAAGCGAGGAGAGUCCGUUACCAAGAGUAAUCUUGAGUGGCACAAGCAAUUUCAGGAACAAAGGGAGGGCGAAGCAGCUGCCUCGGCUGCCAAAUAGGAAAGCACAACCCUGUUGAAAACACAUUGGCCGUUUUCGUUUAAAUUCCGAUUAGAAUAUGUUUUUUGGAAUUAAUCACGGUAUCACGCCAAUUCCUAAAGUGGCACGUCGACUUAGAACAAUUCUUUCAAAGCAUGUACACAAAAAUUUGUUAACUCAAAGAUAGUUGUAUUAAAAAAUAUUUUUUGUGAAAA